AUGAAGCUCCCUAUCCUCUACCUCGCAUCUCUUGCGCCCUUGGUCGCCGCCCACUUCGAGCUCAAGUACCCUACCAGCCGUGAUGGAUCUGAAGAGGAGAUGACCCAAUUCCCCUGCGGUGGAGCUGCCCAGUCCAGCAACCGUACGCAGGUGUCCAUCUCCGCCGGUUCUUUCCCCGUCGCAUUGUCCAUGGGCCACUCCCAGACUGCUGUCGAGGUCCUCCUGGCACUGGGUUCCGAUCCCGGAACCAACUACAACAUUACCCUUCAUCAGACCUUUGAAAUCCAGGGAUUGGGUGCUUUCUGCCUUCCGCACAUCAAGUUCGACGAAUCCAUCCUCGGCACCAACAUCACCGAUGGAAUGAAUGCAACCGUGCAGGUCCAGAGCAAUGGUGACCCCACCGGAGGCCUCUACGCUUGCGCCGACAUCCAGUUCUCCUCGACCGUGGAUUACGAAGAACCGUCCUCCUGCUCGAACAACACCGGUGUGACUGCUGUGGCCUUCACUGGAGCUGCAGCAGAGCGCAACGCGAAUGAAUCUACUGCCUCUGGAGAAGCACAGAGCAGCUCCUCUUCUAGCACUUCCUCGGGCAGUUCAACCACUGCGACCUCCACUGGCGGUGCUGUUGCUUUGGAGACUGCUGCGUGGGGUAUGCUGGGCGCUGCAGUUGUCGGUGGAAUGGCUCUGCUGUAA